AUGGUGAUGAUGUCUAUGAUCUCCGCCGAUGAAUUGUUCUCUAAUGGUCAGAUCAAGCCAUUAAAGCCUCAUAUCUUAUCGCCGCUUCUAGAUCUGGAAAGAGAGGAAGAAGACGACGGAGAUUUCAAUGACGGUGAGAUUGUUGUUAACCGUCGUGGUAGAGAUCUGAAACUGAGAAGCAUAUCUAUUCAUCGAAAAGCUAGAUCUCUCUCUCCUCUUCGAAACGCAACGUUUCAAUGCGAAGAUGAAAACGACGACGUAUCGGUGAGAGAGACAAAGCUAGACGACGGAAACAUAUCUCAUAAAACGACACCGUCUUGUUCUUGUGCAGCUUCAUCUUCACGGCGAGGUUUAAAACCAUAUGCACACGAGCUACACUACACGACAAACAGAGCUCCCACGAACAAUGAAAGUGAUGAUGAUGAUGAGAAAGUAGAUGCAUCCAAGGAAGCAGAUGAAUCCUAUGAAGAUUCAAUUGUUUGCUAA